UUUUUAAAAAAAAUUUUUUUUCUUGUACAUAUUUAAUGAAAGAAACGAUAUUUGAUUAUAAAGACAUUGUCAAUAGAGAAAACAUCACCUACCAUUUUCAGCCUAGUCAAUAUCAGGAUGCAAUUAGACUAGCGAUUAUGAAGCGAUGUAAAGAAAAACUACCUAAUCGCAAUGGACAUCUUCAACAACAUCAUGUAGGUGGAUUACCUUCUCCACCUGUAGAAGAAAGAAAAGUAGCUAGUAUAUUUCCUGAAGAAGAAAACGAAGUGUAUAUUAAACAAGAACCCAUUUUCUCUCCUCCACCAGCAUCACCCACACCCUCGCUUUCUAUACAAGAAAUCAAAGAAAAGAUUGAAGCAUUGGAACAAGAGAAACACAGGCUGUUUCAGAUGAUUAAACAAUUGAUGCUUCAAGAAGAACAAGAAAAGAAAAGACGCAUUGAAGAAUCAGCAAAAAAUGAAAAGAAACGUACCAAAAAGAAGAGUAGGUGGGCACCUGUCUCACAAGAAUCUCCUUUUUACAACAAUGCUUUUUAUUCACGUCCUCGAUAUAAUUAUGUAAGUCAAGACAUAUUUGUUGCAUUGAAUUAAGCUUUUUAUUUAUUUAUAGUCAAGGCCAAGGCAACCCAUGUCAAGGUCUCCUUAUUCUAGAUAAAUGAUGUAUUUCUCCUCUCUCUCUCUCUCUUUCUCUCUCUCUCUCUCUCUCUCUCUCUUGUGUAUAUGCCUGUAUCAUACUAUAUUCUCUUUUUCAAAAAAAAAAACUCCUCCCAAAAAAAACAACCCCACUCCUUUUUCUUACUACUUUAUCAUUUUUAAUCAUUUAAUUAUUAAUAAACACAAUGUACAAUCUGUAUCAUAUUUCAAUAAACAAAUAAGC